AUGACAACGAAUGUGCUGAGUACGUACUAUAAGCUAUUUCCCGCCGUUCAACUAGUAGAAUUGAGGAAGAGAGUACUGACUCUUACGUGGUUCCUCAGCUGGGAGAUUGAGGUCACGACGGACUCCUAUGGGGAUUCUCAGAAAGAAUGUGCCGCGGGUCUGAAUUCGAGAAUGAAAGUACUCUGCUGCCGGCCACCUGCGAACCUAAAUCCGUUUCUUCCGGUCCCCUUGGAAAAUCUCUUCCCUACGCUCCCACCUGCCACGAACUUGCCCAACUUUGACCUUCAAUACAUUGACCCGCCGCCAACGUUAUUGGGACAGGACAGCAACCAGCAGGCCUUUGGCAUGGUUGUGAUAGAUGGGCCCCCGAGCGCUGUAACUACGCUUUCCAAGCGAGAUGGCUCGCACAUUCAGUUUGUUGACUGCGAUUCUACCGAGAAACACGAUCUGAAGGUAUACAGGGCCCGAUAUCUUUGCAUGAGGGACUCGGAGGACUCGAAUUGUAACAAUGUUCACCUUGGCGGUGCAAGCGGAACCAUUGUUAAGCUGCCCGAAGAGUGCGGAUAUGCGACAUAUGGUGUUGUUCACGAUAUCCGCCCGGCCGACAAUACUAGCAUCCCAAAUCACCUUGAAAUGCUAGCGCCAGCGGAUUCGGCAACUGACAUUUGGAAAAGUUUGAUAUCCGAAGCUCGUGACAGCGACCUAGUAGGUGGCUACUGGCCCAAGCUUCAAAGGGAUGACUUUGAGAGUCUCAUAUACGAGCAAGACGGCAGCGAUGACUGCGGCGGCAGUGGAUUUCUCUCCAUCAAACUCUCAGGCACUUUCGAGGAGGCAUAUGGAUACUUUGACAGCGAGCUAGACCUCGAGGCGAAGUUGGAAGUGGCCGGCCAGGGUAUGGUUCAAAUACCGGGCGCCCUUGGGAGCAAGUCUCUCUUCAAUCUAGACGUCUCAGGGCUCGGGUUUAGCCACCCCGGAAUUGUUCGGUUCACUCCUAAUCUUAACAUCGACGUGGAUUUGCUUGGAGAUGGGGCCCUUGACGGGCCCUAUGGGGGUAAUAUCCUCGGAACGACCAUCACAGAUGCGUUUCAAGGUCAAGUUAGCGGGACCGCGUCAACAACCGGUACUAGUGCUGACAUUCUGGCUGUUGAGCUCAAUGUCCGCUCGUGGAUGGACGUCUCGGUGUUCGAGCUAGGAACAAACUCCCAGGCGGCCAAGGCACAAUUUGUAUCUCAAAUCGGCCAUUACGUCCGCGUUACAAGCGACGGAGAUAACAUCAAAGUGAUCGACUCAGACACGCAGGUAUCCGUGGAGGCCUUCUCCGCCGGAAUUUCGGCAACAUGGGAGGCAGAUGAUCAGGCAUAUCUUGUGGGCUCAAAAGGUUCACCGGCGGUGCUGUACUCCGGUGCCGGUGAAGAUCCAGACGAUAACAAGCCACCAAAUUGGAACGGUAGCCCGUUGUUCGACGACGAAUUUGUAAGUUGUUUACGGAAAUGGAAGUUGGACUGUUUCGAUAGUAGCUAUCUCGUAAGAUUCGAUGCCGACCUUGCAGACGAGCUUGACGAGGGGUGGCCAUUUGAGAAACGGUCGAAUGCGGAAUCGAGAGCCCUUGAUCCUAGGGGUACGGGCGAGGGUCGAGAAUUCACCGUCCAAGUCCCGGGCGGAAGUUCAUUCAAGAUCACAUCGCACAAGUACCCUAACGGUGAUAAUGGGCGGUUUUUGCUAGCGCAGAAUCCCGAUGCUGGCUACUUUGCCUUGCUGGAUCCGGAAAACUGCGAGGUGUGGACCUUCACCUCAAAGGGUUCGACCGAUCUCAAAUACGUUUCUGAACAUAUCGUUGAGCUGAGUUACAUGGUUGAGCUGCUGAGGUUCGCAGUAUCGGGGCAAGCCGUCAAUCGGGACAAAAGCAUCUACAGCCAUGGAAUACUUGGGAUCCUAACGGAAAUCAUGGCAAGUCACGCGCACCCAACAAUGUCCCCACUUGAUGAAAUGUGGGAAGCAUUCGGCAGUGUCGACAAUCCAGAAGUCAUGGUUAACGCUGAAACAGCUUUCAACGGCAUCAAGAUGCGUACAUGGCGUGGGAUAGACCCAGUCUCGGAGUCGAAAUGGAAAGAAAAUGAGUGGCAUGAUACCUCUCCAGAGUCCGGAAUGGAGCACACGAGGGAGGCUUUAUCCGCUAUUCGAACAGUCAUAUCCGUGUUUGAUUAUCUCAACCACCGCACAAUAUCGGAGAAUAUGGAUACGGUAUUCAACCGUAUCACAGAUGUCUUGAUGGCCUUCGAUGAGGCGGUUUUAAGGAUUCGACAGCUGGAUAUCGGAAUGACAGAACUCCAUCAGGGAUUCAUCCGCUACUAUCUUGCACCCCGUAUUGAGGGUGUUGAGGACUGGGUUAUGCGGAGGUUAGGUGAGCUCGAGGUGGCGUGGGAGACAGAGUUGGCCAACGAUUCGAGACUACCUGCAGCUUCAAGGAGAGGAGCGCAGAUCAGGAGUGUGCUUCAGGCAAUAAAAGAAAUGACGGAAGGGGCAGAAACUGACAUUAUGGUCAAUUUUGGAGGUAUCGAUGACUCUGCGCUCGACCCAGUAGAUUAG